AUGAAGGUCUUCAUCGUUGCCGCCGUCCUGGCCGUGGCUGCCGCCGCGCCGGCCCCGGACACCCCCGUGUACAAGCCCGCCCCGGCCCCAUACAAGCCGGCCCCGGCACCCUACAAGCCGGCCCCAGCCCCGUACAAGCCGGCCCCGGCCUACAAGCCGGAGCCCCAGUACAAGGACGAGCCCAGGCCGUACGCCUUCGAUUACGCAGUCAACGACAAAUACUUCGGCACUAAUUUCGCCCAGAACGAGAAGAGCGACGGCCAUAACGCCCAGGGUUCCUACACGGUGGCUCUUCCUGACGGCCGCAUCCAGACCGUCAAGUACGUUGCCGACCACUACAAGGGAUUCAACGCCGAGGUCACCUAUCAGGGAAAAGCUAGACACCCUGAUUAUAAGCCUGCCUCUUACAAGCCCUCCCCGGGCUACAAGCCGGCGCCUAAAUAUUAACGUGUUGCCAGGAGGUUAGCUUACAAUGUGUUGUUAUACU